AAGGCAUAGACAGUCCUCAAGCUGUUGAAGAAUGAAGACUGCAAUCAUUCUGUGCUUGGUGCCGCUGGCACUGGCGACUCUGGACAUCGAGAAGACUCCAGAUGGCCCAAGAUUUGAAACUCCGAUGGGAGGAAUCCGAGGUUUCUACGACUACUCAGAGCAUGGCCGCAAGUACAUGGCUUUCGAAGGAAUUCCUUACGCCAAGCCGCCAGUAGGAGAUCUCCGAUUCAGACCACCACAAAAAAUGAAAUCAUGGAGUGGAGACAUGGUUGCCAUAAAAACCGGGCCACCUUGCACACAGUACAUUCACACACCAAUCGACGCCAAAGAGAGAAUCGUUGGAUCAGAAGAUUGUUUGUACUUAAACGUCUACAAGCCAGUAACUGAAUCAACCAAAAAGAUGCCAGUUAUCGUUUGGAUCCACGGUGGAGCUUUCCAAUGGCACAUGGAAUCUAAAGACGGACAAUUCACCAAGCCCCAUUAUCUCAUGGACCGUGAUGUUAUUUUAGUGACAUUCAGCUACCGUGUUGGUCCUCUUGGUUUCAUGAGCACUGGCGACGAACAUAUUUCUGGAAACAUGGGUCUUAAGGAUCAAAACAUGGCCAUUCACUGGGUGAAAGAAAACAUUGAAGGCUUUGGUGGAGACUCUGAAAAUAUUUCUCUCUUUGGAUUGAGUGCUGGUGGAGUGAGUGUACACUACCAUUACUUGUCACCUUUGAGCAGAGGCUUGUUCAAACGAGGAUUGUCUUUCAGUGGAAAUGCAUUGAACUGCUGGGCUAUCACCGAGGGAGCACCCGAGAAGGCCAAGAAAGUCGCUAUGACUGUUGGAUGCCCGACUACUAACACUGAAGAGAUGGUCAAGUGUCUCAGAACUCGGCCAUACCGUCAAAUCGCACGUACAGACAUGGACUUCAUGCCUUUCGAAUUCAACCCGAUGACUCCUUUCGGUCCAGUUGUUGAAAAAUCAACAGCUGAGUCGCCAUUCAUCACCAAAAUCCCGGCUGAAAUCAUCAGCAGCGGAGAAGCUUAUGAUGUUCCUUGGAUCACUGGUGUUGUUCCUGAAGAAGGACUUUACCCUGGAGCUGAUUUCUGUGCUGACCCAGUCUACUUGAAGGAAUUAGACGCCAGAUGGGACACCUUGGCUCCGUUCAUCUUAGACUACAACUACACAGUCCCGGUGACCAAGCACGUAGAAGUUGGCCGUAAAAUCAGACACCACUACAUGGGUGACAAGCCAAUAGACAAAUCCACAGCCAUGGACUUAGUCCACAUGAUCGGAGACCGUCUUUACGUAGUAGGAGGUAUUAAGGCUGCCAAGUUGAUGGCUAAAGCUAACAAGAGCCCAGUUCGCUACUACUACUUCACCUACCACGGAGCUGACAGCUUGAGCUACUCUAUGACCAGAACCCACGAAGACUGGGGUGUUGCUCACGGUGACGAUCCGUACUACGUUGUUGGAUCUCCAUUCAUGGACCCCACAACCACUCCCGAAGACCGUGCCAUGCAGAGAGAACUUCUGGACCUCUGGGUAUCUUAUGCCACCCAUGGAACUCCUGAUGUUGGAUUCGACUGGACUCCAGUUGACGCUGCUCAUGAAAAAUUGGUCUACCUCCAUAUCAAGGGACCAGGUCACAAACAGAUGGACAAAGAUGGUAACUUUGGAUCCUACAAACUAUGGUCCAGCAUUGACUUCUACGAAGACAAAGUUGACGGCAAAAAAAUUGAUUUCUAAACGAGAGAUGCAUUUUGACUUAUGCAUUUUGUUACAUCUAACAUGU